UCUGAAAGAAGAUGAAUUUGGCCGAGAUUUGUGACAAUGCAAAGAAAGGAAGAGAAUAUGCACUUCUUGGAAAUUAUGACUCGUCGAUGGUAUAUUAUCAGGGAGUGAUACAGCAGAUUCAGAGACAUUGCCAGACAGUCAGAGACCCGGCUGUCAAAGGCAAAUGGCAGCAGGUUCGGCAGGAAUUACUGGAAGAAUAUGAACAAGUUAAAAGUAUUGUCAGCACUUUGGAAAGUUUUAAAAUCGACAAGCCCCCAGAUUUCCCUGUGUCCUCUCAAGAUGAACCAUUUAGAGAUCCUGCUGUUUGGCCGCCCCCUGUACCUGCAGAACACAGAGCUCCGCCUCAGAUAAGGCGUUCCAAUCGAGAAGUAAGGCCUCUGAGGAAAGAAAUGCCAGGAGGUGGAGCCCGGGGGCCUGUAGGCCGAGCACAUCCGAUAUCAAAGAGUGAAAAACCCUCCGCAAGUAGGGACAAGGAUUAUAGAGCAAGAGGGAGAGAGGACAAGGGAAGGAAAAAUAUGCAAGAUGGUGCAAGUGAUGGUGAAAUUCCAAAAUUUGAUGGUGCUGGAUAUGAUAAGGAUCUGGUGGAAGCCCUUGAGAGAGACAUUGUAUCCAGGAAUCCUAGCAUUCAUUGGGAUGACAUAGCAGAUUUGGAAGAAGCUAAGAAGUUGCUAAGGGAAGCUGUUGUUCUUCCAAUGUGGAUGCCUGACUUUUUCAAAGGGAUUAGAAGGCCAUGGAAGGGUGUGCUGAUGGUUGGACCCCCAGGCACUGGUAAGACUAUGCUAGCUAAAGCUGUUGCCACUGAAUGUGGCACAACAUUCUUCAACGUUUCCUCUUCUACACUGACAUCUAAAUAUAGAGGUGAAUCUGAGAAGUUAGUCCGUCUGUUGUUUGAAAUGGCUAGAUUUUAUGCCCCCACCACAAUCUUCAUUGAUGAGAUAGAUUCUAUCUGCAGUCGAAGAGGAACCUCUGAUGAACAUGAGGCAAGUCGCAGAGUCAAGUCUGAACUACUCAUUCAGAUGGAUGGAGUUGGAGGAGCUUUAGAGAGUGAUGAUCCUUCCAAAAUGGUUAUGGUGUUGGCUGCUACUAACUUCCCAUGGGACAUCGAUGAAGCUUUGCGAAGGAGAUUAGAAAAAAGGAUAUAUAUACCUCUCCCAACAGCAAAAGGAAGAACUGAGCUUCUGAAGAUCAAUCUUCGUGAGGUUGAAUUGGAUCCUGAUAUCCAACUGGAAGAUAUAGCAGAGAAGAUUGAGGGCUAUUCUGGUGCUGAUAUAACUAAUGUUUGCAGGGAUGCCUCUUUAAUGGCAAUGAGACGGCGAAUCAAUGGCUUAAGUCCAGAAGAGAUCCGUGCACUUUCUAAAGAGGAACUUCAGAUGCCAGUUACCAAAGGAGACUUUGAAUUGGCUCUUAAGAAAAUUGCUAAGUCUGUCUCUGCUGCAGACUUGGAGAAGUAUGAAAAAUGGAUGGUUGAAUUUGGAUCUGCUUGAAUUUCUGUCAGCUCUUUCAUUUCUGGUAUUUUUGUUUAUAAAAUGUGAAGACGUUCCUGCAAUUUUUUUUAAAAAACAGGUUUGGAACUUAUCAUUGGAGAGAUUUUCACUUAAAGGAAAAAAACCCUAAAACCCCAAAGAAUAUAAAUGCAGUUGAGAAAUAAGAAAAGCUUGCAUAGAGAGCCUGAUAAUUUCCAUCACCUGGCUUUGUGCUGGUAUUCCACAUACUCAUGCAUCAACAUUGCACACCCAAACCAGUGUGUCAGAGGCUGAAGAAAGUGAUCAAUGUGCUAUUGUAGAAACUUGUUUACAGAAGAUUUAGAAGGUCCUCUUUUUCUCACUUGCAUUUGUUGUUUUUUGCUUUUUUCUGUUCUUUGCUCUGAACAUGAGGGACCUCUAUACAUUGACUUUUAACAUCAAAACUGGGUUUGUGUCAACUUCAUUAUUUGUUGUUAAGAAUGAUAGUUUGGGAUUAAAUAAUGAAUUUGCUAAUUACACCUGUAGAAUUCAACUAUUACUGUUAGAGUCUAUCAUAUAGUUAAGAUUUUUACCCUCCCUUCCCCCACCAUUUCUUCUACUAGCUGUUUAAUCUUUUAUUAAGCUUUAUGGGGGAGUAUCCUCAUGCUUUGUGGUUUUUGAAUCAUUUGGCCAGGUCGUUUCUCUGGUCUUUAGUAUUUUUUGCCGGCACUUUUUAUAUUUCAUAUCGGAAGGGUGGGAAGCAUAUUGUGAUUGCAGAAGAUGCACUUCCUCAUUCUAGACUUCUAAGUUUGUUUUCACUUUUCUUUCACUGUGUUCAAACAGAUAAACCCUUUUUUUUUUCUCAGCUCCAACAUUGUUUGAUUUUUGCUGAAUUUGACUUUCGUAUUCUAAGUAAAUACUUUGGUAUUCUAAACAAGUCCACUCUCUUGUGGUUGAUGCAAAGGAAACAAAACAAAAUCUUUAUAGUUUUCCAGACAGCUUGUUUAACAAAAUAACAUCGUACAUAAUGAACGAUGUUUAUUUGAAAAGAUUAAAAUUAUUCCUUGCCUAGGUUGAGAACUUGUACACACAGUGAGAUUAGGAUAGAAAUCUGACAUGCUCACUCAGUUCAGCAAGAAUUACACAAUAGAAAGAGGCCAGAAAAAGUAGAUGGCGUAUAUCUAAUCACAAGUAGAGUACAGUCAUGCGCUGCAUAACAGCGUUUCAGUCACUGCAGGCCAAUGGUGGUCCCUAAGAUUAGUACCAUAUAGCCUAGGUGUGUAGUAGACUGUAUACGUCUAGGUUUGUGUAAGCAGACUCUAUGAUGUUUGCACUACGAAAUUGCUUAACGACACAUUUCUCAGAAUGUAUCCCUGUUGUUAAGUGACGCAUGACUGUAUCCUGGUGUUAGUUUUUUAAAAUUACAUUUAUCCUAUUUUGAUUGGGCAACCUGUGCUUUAAUGGUCAAGCUUUUUAAAAUUUGUAUUGAUGGUAUCCUGAAUUCUCAAUUUUGGACAGCACCUACUGGUUUAAAACUAAAAAUAAUAUAACUUUCUAGAUACUUAAAGAAAAAGUCCUAGUAUCUUGCUUAAGAGAUUUUUUUUUCACUAAGAACUGUGUAAUUUUCGGAUAACUUAAGUCUGCCUUUAAACUCCAGUGUUUAUCUAAUGCUGUAAAUUACCCUCCUUUCCUCUGAGGCAUAGAUUAUAAGAGUUAAAAUCAGAAGGCAUCAUGAUUUUAUUUCAAUUGAAUUAAUUCAUCUUAGAAUUUGCAGUUUCCUUUUAUUAAUGAACUUUUUUAAGUAAAGAAAUAAGUAAUCCCACUAAUAUAGUCUUGCAAACUAUUGCCAUCCAGUAAUCUAUUUUUUUCCUGAAGUCCCAGGGGCAAUCAUUAAAGCAUUAGUGUUUUGAUUCCUAAAACUUGUUUGUAUAUUUUAGUUGAUUAGUUAGACCAUUUUUCUAGGUUUUAUGUUAUUUGUCUUGGCAUGCAUUUUAUUUUUUUUCUUGAAUUCUUCAUGGAUCAUAACAUGGUAAUUAUGAUUUUUAAAAAUUAUCAGUUAAGCAGUAUUUGGAGACUCAAGCUUCCUGAAAGCUUAUCUUUACUACGUUAAGUGUGCUGUUUUAUUUCCCUUUUUUCUCAUUUGACUCUGUCAGUGGAUGGUGAAUGCCUUGUAUAUCUCAAACUCCUUAAAGGAUCUUGAGGAGGUCCCUCUGGUGUUCUAUCCAACCUUUACUGUACAUUGUAUGUACAUUGUCUUUAUUGCAAGAUAGUGUGUUGCCUUACCCAGAAUGAGCGAAUUGUUGUGUUUUGCUUUGUUUUACUUUUUCUUUGUUGCAUUAUCAAAUUAGAAAGAUUUUGGUUCCUUUAAUUCAUCUGAAAACAUGAGUAUUUUGGGUUCUGCAGCACAAUGGUGUUAGGACUAAGUUUUGUACAAUUCUGUCUUGCAGAUAUUUGAUCAGAUAGUUCCUUCAUUCAGCAGGCUUGCGUUGAUUGCUUAGUGUGUACACCACCCUCGGGUGGGAGCUCUGUGGCUUACAGAGUUGGAUCAGGCAGUGCGGUUGUGACUGGGAACUCUGUGUAAUUACACUGUGUAGCUUCUGGCUCCAACUGAUGCAGCGAGUUCAGAUCAUAAAUGGAGAGGCACAGUAUCUGUGUGUGCUUUGGGAAGAUGGUACGUAAAAGUUUCUCUCUUUUUCUGUCUUUAAAUCUGUUUUAAAAUUAGAACUGGAUGGGCCGGCCCCGUGGCUUAGCGGUUAAGUGCGCAUGCUCCGCUGCUGGCGGCCCGGGUUCGGAUCCUGGGCGCGCACCGACGCACUGCUUCUCUGGCCAUGCUGAGGCCGCGUCCCACAUACAGCAACUAGAAGGAUGUGCAGCUAUGACAUAUAAUUAUCUACUGGGGCUUUGGGGGGAAAAUAAAUAAAUAAAAUCUUUAAAAAAAAAAAAAGUGAUUAAAAUUAGAACUCGUACCCAUUUGUUUGAACAAUAUAACUGUUAUAGAUCUGACUAUUUUCAUGAAGCAUUUCUGUCAUUUCUCAGCUACAUCUUUAUUGUAAACAUGUA